AUGGAAACAACAGCGACACGGCGCUCUUCUAAAGGUGGCGGAGUUGCAAAUUCUUUUCCGGUUUCAGAAAAUCGUGCGUAUCUCCUAAAAGAUGUGGUGGAAUCAAAGGAAGCACAGAAAAAUUUUGUUAGUGGUAAUGGUAAAUUAAAAAUUGACGAAAAUGAGAAGAAUCAUAUAUCGACAGUUCCUACGGAUAAACGUAAAGAUCAAUCAAGUGAGACAACGACAGCACUCAAAGAAACUAUUAGUAGUACUAGCAAGUCAACAGUCGAAUAUGCAACGGCGAGACCAGCAAAGGUUGAUGAAAUUACUACAGAAGAAGAAAUUGAGAGCUGUGUCGGAUAUAAAGCAAACAUUUAUGACACAAGUCUUGUUGUAUGUACACUGAAAGGAUGUAAUAAAUAUUUCACAAAAAUUGAUAAAUUUACAAUUCAUCGUAAACGAGAGCAUGACACUUCAGAUAUCAGCAGCGAUAUUUGGAUAUUUGGAAAUAUGAAGAAGGGUGAUUCAAGUAAUCCGAAUAAUAAUAAUAAUUCAUCAUCUAAACCAGAAUCUGGGAUUAUCACGAAAGACUCUUCAUUAUCAAUAAAAUCAAAUACACCAAAGAAAUCAAAUUCAUCAAACAUUUCAGAAAAAAAUAAUACUGGGGAACCUCCAAGAUAUUAUAAUGCUAUGCAGAUGCAUCCUAUGGGAUUUGGAUUACCACCAUAUGGAGAGAUCGCACCUCCACGCUAUGAUGGUGGAUACAGUGAAAUGGCAUAUAGUGGAUUCUAUGGAGGAAAUCGUCGGUUUAUGAGUAAUCCACCGCCACCUCAACCUCCUCAACGUCGAUCAAGAUAA